AUCACUAAGAGACGCGCACUGCGGAUGGGCGGAGCACUAGGCACUCUCAGCUAUGCCUUCGCGGACGUAAACUACAACAAGAAUGGGACGUGGUGCUGUUGGAUUUGUCGCCACUCGCCUACACCGGUUGUUCUACAGCGUUCUAACCCUGGGCGAGUAGUUUUUCCCCGGUGAGGCCAACGACUAGCUCGGCGGCGCCGGCAGCGGGCGGGAGGGCUGACUACUGACUAGCAUCGGAGCUAGGCUAGGCUAGGCUAAACAGUUGCUUUUCGGUUGCGAGUGAUUACGCGGAGCUCCUCGCCAGCAGCCCCCGCCGGAGAAAAUGGUGUACCUGUUGAACCCUCUGGAGAACCUCAGAAGCUCCAUCAACAACCGCCCGCCACUGGUCAUCUUUAUGAUCAGUGUCAGCGCCGUGGCCAUUGCAUUCCUCACCAUCGGCUACUUCUUCAAGAUCAAGGAGAUCAAGUCUCCAGAGUUGACCGAGGACUGGAACACGUUCCUACUGCGCUACAAUGAGGUGGACUUCUGCGUGUCGGAGAACGAGACCAUCAAGCACGGUCUCAACGAGUCCACCACGCCCGAGAGCCUGGCCGCGACCAGCGGGCAGUCGCGGCCCAGCACGCCGUCAACGCUGCUCUCCGAGGACUCGGGCUACAUCAACAUCUCGGUGCCCAUCACGCUCACCCUCAACCCACAGCGGCCCUUCGGCGGCUACUCGCGUAACAUCACCCACCUGUACGCUACUGUCCUGGGACAGCAGGUUGGCCUAUCUGGCCGUGAAUCGCACGAAGAGAUCAAUAUCACGUUCACGUUGCCCGUGUCCUGGAACGCAGAUGACUGCCUUCUGCACGGUCACUGCGAGCAGGUGGUGUUCAGCACCUGCAUGACCAUCACGGCGGUCAGCAACAUCUUUCCAGUCACACUGACUCCGCCACACUGCACGCCGGAGACGUACACCAAUGCCACGUCUUGGUACAAGGUGUUCACCACCGUGCGGGACUCGGACACCAAGUACAGCCAGGAAUACAACCCCUUCUGGUGCUACAAGGGCGCCGUGGGCAAGGUUUACCACGCCGUCAACCCCAAGCUCACCGUCAUCGUGCCCGACGAUGACCGCUCCCUCAUCAACCUGCACCUGAUGCACACCAGCUACUUUCUGUUCGUCAUGGUCAUCACCAUGUUCUGCUACGCCGUCAUCAAGGGCAGACCAGUAAAACUACGGCAAAGUAGCCCCGAUUUCUUUCCCGAGAAGGUGGCGCUGUCAGAAGGCUAAACGUGUACCACGGGAUCCGUAAAGGUAAAAUAACAAAACCUUUAAAAAAAAAAAAUGUAAAAAGGAAUAAAUCACGCAGAGACGACUCACCGUGUUGCCAGGCGGACUCUCGGAAACGAUUUUGAAUUUCUCCUCGCAAUGAUGUUGGGAUGGUCCAACCAAAGAUACAAGUGCCUCUCAUCUGUGGUGUAAAUAUGACGUUGAGGAACUUUUUUUCUUCUCUCUUUUUUUGGAGCGGAUUACUUUUGAUUUGCCUCUUGGGUCCUCGGAUGCCAUAUCAGGACAUUUAAGUCAAAUGAGAACGUGCCAUGUUUGUCUGACUCACGCACUUGGGAAAGCUACAAAGGCAGAAAAAAAGAAAGAAAGGGCCCGCCCAAAUAGGAUGCAAAUGAGCUGACUGAUUUGUAUUGUUAGUCAGCAUGCUAACGCUACAUAGUUGUUGCUAGCGUUUUAACAAAAAAUGGUCCAAAAUAAUUUGGCGGUGUUUGUUCAUAAUUACAGACUUUUGCCCUGACAGUAUAUUCCAGAGCAGCAAUAAUGCUACAAAAAAAUAACCCAUUAGAGCCACAGCUAAAUUGUUAGCAUCCCUCUGGAGUAGGUUAGCAUGUAAACAAUUCCAAUUUCUCGUUAGCCUUUUGUUGGUACACAGAAUAGAAACACGGGCAAAAGCAUAACCACGCUUAAGGUAGAAUUGUUAGCACCGCAACACCAGUAGCACAAACCAGGAAGUAACACGUUAACUAACCAACUUUGAUCUGAAUGUGAAUUUGCGGAGGCGUGAACCAGUGAGUAACACGCUAACUAACACAACUUUAUGAAUUGAACACGUGUUUGUGACAACUUAACAUUAGUUUGUGAAUCAGGAAUAGCAUGCUAACAAACGGUACGACCAGAACACACAAUCUUAAUGUCUUAUGUUAACUGUGCACGCUAAUGAAACUGCACAAUGUAAAAAAACACAUUUGUAACAUGCCGAUUAACACUAGCAAGAAUACAGUGCAACAUUUUAAGUUGCAUUACAUCACUCGAAUAAUAACCUUUGCCUGGGCAAUUAGCAGGGUAACCAACAAGAAAGAUGGAAAGCACAUUUGUGACAUUUCACGUUGGCUGUAAACCAGGAACAUUUUUUUUUUAAAUGGAUUAAUUCAAUAAGCAACAUGUUCAAGUCCUACCGUUUGUUAGCUCGCAUGCAAAAACUGCUUGCAUAAGUGAAGCGUUUAGCAUCAUGUUAUUUCUACCUGCCUGUUAGUUAGCAUGCUACCUCCCUGUCUGUGGUUAAGUCAGUAAUACGUGAACCGACAUUUGAGUCGUGCAAAACUUGUUCCACAUAGCCUGAGCUGGCCGUUAAAAGGUUUUUAAUUUUCACGCAGUCCCCCCCCCCCCUUUUUUUUUUUUUUUUUUUUUUUGCGUAAACAUUAUUGCUCUGUAUUCAUGCAUGUUUACAACUGUAGAAUUUUAUUUCUUUUUAAAAGAUCAGCAAAUGUCCGGGUUAACAUUGUACGCCAUUUAGAACUUGAGUGUGUCAGUGAGCAGUGUAAAAAAAAAAUGCAAUUAUAUUCAAGUAGCACUGGUCAAAUGGAGACUUUUGCUCGUUCUUAAUUGCUAUCAGUCACUAUCCUAUUUCCUGGUUAGCGUUAACAAAUGUGCGGGUGGUACCGUUGGACUAAUAGAGACUGAAAAAGUGAAAUUAUAUCAAACGACUGCUUCCUUUUUGUGUUGGCCUUAUUAUUUGUUUCCUUUUUGUUUUGUUUUCUUGAAAAUCUCGUAAAAACAAUUGACCAGUGUUCAUGUGCAAGAUACUUGGCAUGCUAGCGUUUUAGCGGAAUGUGAAGACGUCGCCGUUUGUCAUUCGCGGAUUUUUUUUGGCUUUGCGUUGAUUUUGGCGCAAAAAGAUGAACUUGCCUUACCUUCGACGGGUGAUGUUUGCGUCGUUGUUUUCUUGUGAAGUCCAUGUAUAAAUAUUCAUAUAUAUCAACCUUAAAUUAUUAAUUUGAAUUACUUUUGUUUGGAUACGUAGCGCACCUUGUAGAUUCCUUGCACAUUUUGACUUGAUUUUUUUAUUUUAUUUUUAGUCAUUCCUGCACCCAAAAAAAUCUUUGUAUAAUUAUAUUUAUGAUUAAAAUAAUUUAUUUUUGUCUUUUACGGCAGUGAGCGAAAGGAACAGAUGUUUGCCGCAGUUCUCUCAAAUAAACAUUUGACAAUCAUUGAUCAUAAA